AUGAAUCGAGGCGGCGGAGGUGGUGGGCGCAAGGUCCUUCUCCCACCCAUCAACUUUAUCUUCAAGCUCCUGCAGCAGCACUCUACUGUCCAGAUCUGGCUAUACGAGCAGUUGGCGAUCCGAAUCGAGGGCAAGAUUAGGGGGUUUGACGAAUUUAUGAACCUGGUCAUUGACGAUGCUGUGGAGGUCAAGCAAGCAACGAAGACGACUGAGGAGAGCAGGAGACAAUUGGGCCAAAUACUGUUGAAGGGGGACAAUGUUUCGUUAAUUCAGAGUCUGAAUGGAUAG